AUGGACGAGCAGGGCCGGCCGAAGCCGCGCCCACGUGUGCUCGUCGGGGCGGCCUGCGGGCUCCGGGAGGCCGAGCGAGGGGCGGGGCGGCCUGCGGGCUCCGGGAGGCCGGGCCAGGGGCGGGGAGCCCUGCGGCCGGCGGCGGCGCGAGACGGGGUCGGCGCGGGGCGGGUGGACAGCGGCGUUGUGGGGUCGGGAUGGGGUUGGGAAGCCGGCCGGGGCGGGGUCGGGUGGACGGCGGCGCCGCGAGGAGGGGCGGAGAGGGUCGGGGUGGAGGCGGGGAGGGGCGAGGUAAGGGGAGGGGCGCGGGCGGCGCCGGCGGGCGGCGGUCGGCGGACGGUGCGGGGUCGAGGCGGCGAGUGGAUGAGGCUGCGGGUGUGGGAGAGAACGAGUGGAGGAGGGGUGGCCGCGAGUGGAUAA